AUGACAGAACAAACUCAACGCUCGUUGGGCACAACUGGUGAUGUGGUUGACCAAAAAAGAGCUGAGCCUGACCGUGCUCACCGUCUCGAGACCUUAAGGCUUUCAAUGAUGGAACGCGAUCUCGGCGCCAUCCAGGCUAAGCUGGAUCCUCUCCAUAGGGAAGCAGAUUCGACUGAACGUGAGCGUCCACAGGAAGCUCAAGCCUGGCUUACUGCCACACAGCGGCAGGUUGCUUCCGAAGACGAGCCCCAAUCUUUGGCUGAGGCUGAGCAGCUUCUCAACCAACAUGCAGCUAUUCGUGAAGAGAUUGACGGUUAUACUGAGGAUUACAAGAAAAUGCGAGCCAUGGGAGAUGCCACUCAAGAUCAGACUGAUCCACAGUGCAAGUUCCUCCAACAGUGUUUGGCUUGUCUUCAAGAAGGCUGGGAAGAGCUGCAGCGAAUGUGGGACAACCAUCAGCAUCUCAGCCAGGGACUCAACCUACAGAUGUUCCUUCGCGAUACAAAACAAGCAGAGGUCAUGCCAUUCCAACAAGAGAAUUAUCUUACCAAAGACGAACCUCAGCACUCAAAACAGGCGGAACAUAUGCUUAAGAGGGAUCAGAUCCGCGUGUGCUUCACCAGGCCUUUCAAAGUGAACCACAAGCUAACAAACCCAUCAAUGGGAGGAACUCGAAAAGACCACCGAAGAUCUGAGCUCGGAUCUGAGCUUGCAAGUGUUGAGGCUGCAACCAAGAAGCACGAAGCUAUCCAAACUGACAUUUUCGCAUACGAAGAUCGUGUUCAAGCCGUUGUUGCUGUUGCAGGAGAGUUUGAAGCUGAGAACUUCCACGGAAUAGGAGAUCAACAAUCGGAAAGAGAAUGUGCUCAAGCUGUGGAAUUACCUCUUCCAGCUCCUUCUUGCUCAUCGUGUUGUCUCGAACUUUCUAUGGCUAUUCAACGCAUUUUCCAUGGGAUGCUUCUUACUCUUGAUCUUAUGGCCGACAUCGAGCUACUGGAAUAUUUGCUAAAUUGGAGUUUACUCUGGACGAUACUCAACGCAAGUGCGGUUGCACAUCACCAUCACCAUUAUCAGCAGGAUAUAUUGAGGUUCAACUACAAAAUUUCAAACUGCAUUAACUCAGGACAGAAAGGAUUAUCCAAGAAGGUCAAAAAAAACCUCUACUCAAAUCUAGCAUUUGCUCGUGCGGUUGCACUAUGUGAGAUGUACGUUUUGGAAUUGAGUGCCUUUGCUUUCGCCAGUCACAGGCUGGGCCCCAGUAACUACAAUGGAAGGAAAUAUGCGAAAAUACCACCUAAUCCUGAUGACGCUGGUGCUGGAUCGGACUUAGACGCCAUUCAAGAGAAUGCUGGUGUGGAGCCUAAUCCCAAUGGAAUUAGAGUGGAGCCUAUCGUUGAAUUAGUGAUCCAUGCCACCGCCUUCGAGGAACUGAAAAGAUUGAUAUUGUUGAUUGAAGUGGUUUCGGAAAGGACACCAGACAUAAGUGCGCUACAAAUUAGGAGCUUUCUCGAAGAGCUGACAGGUGAUUUGAACACGAGAAGUUACUUCUUCUGUAACUCUUGUCACCAUUCACUGAUCGAGCAGCGAUCACUUUGUGAUAAUCCGCAGUGCGAGUUAAGAGGGAAAAAUCCUAAGCGAUCAAAUUCACAAAGGAGAGCAACGCUUUCAUUGCUUGAUGUUCGCCCACAGAUUGAGACAGUCCUCACAAAACACUUGUCCCUACUCCUCAGCAUUCACCGACGCUUACACGAGGAUCAAAUUGACCAUGGUUGGCGUUCACAGCCUGCUGAUUAUCCUGAAUUCAAGAGAAAUUGUGAGUCUUCCUCUGACUUUCACAUGCACAAAAUUACCGUUCAAUUAACGCUAGCUACCGACGGAUUUACACCUUCUCGAUUGAACAAGCAAGAGCUGUGGCCGUUAUACAUACGAGUUGAUGAUUUCCCCCAGAAAAUCGGGAAUAACUACUCGAAUAUAGUCCUGGCUGGGAUUUUGCGAACAACAAAAACCCCUACCGAGAUCUUAUGGGAGGGACUUUGGAAUCAUUUGGUGGCGGAGCUGUCUAUUUUGAACGCCAACGAAUUCCUUCGAGUGCGUGAUAGAAAUGGGGAUAUGUGGACUGUCAGCCUCCGUUUGGUACAUGGUGUUGUGGACUAUCAGGGCUUAAAGGAUAUUUUUGGAAUUCCAUGCUGGAACUCUUACUAUGGCUGUCACAAGUGUCUAUAUCGUGGCAACAGGCAAGCGGGAACAAGAGACCUCAACUGGUAUUGUGCAAAUCCGCAGAAUUGCCUUAAGAGAACAUCGGAAAACAUACUGCGUGAUGCAGAGCGCAGGACAAAUGGAUUCAACAGGGGGAGAACUUCGGCAAUGACCUUGUUCACGCUUGCAAUGUGCUGCGCCGACGCUCUCCACGUGAUUAGUGAAGGAGUUACCCAGGACCGCUUGCGAGUCGGAGCCGCCGCUCUCUGUCCAUCUCCAUUAUGCACUGCAUCCCUCGUCUGGUACUGGUAUUGCAUAAAGGAACUGCAAGCUGUAGAAGAUCUUACCACCGUGAAUAUCGAAUUCCCCCUGAAGGUGCAACUGGCGGCCGGCUAUUAUGUAGCCGACAACAGCGAAGUGGCCAUAAACACUUUAACAGAAGACCAUCGGAUGAUGUUCUACCAACACCAUAGAGGGAUGAGCAGUGUUAAAUUGUAUUCACGUGUUGUCGUAAAUGGAAAGGUUUUUGCUCGAAUAGACUGGCAGAGAGUGUGCGAUACGGAUACUUCUUCUUUUUGCAUAAGAGCUACGGAAGAUGGCGUUACACAGAUCUACUCAUACGGGAAACUAGUCUUGAUUAGUUUUCAUGAAUAUCCAGGCAACGAGAAUAUUGCUGGCGCUGCCACUUCGCAACCAUCAACUUCCAGACUAAAGUCUCCGCCUACAUACGCAGAAUUACGCCCUUUAAGACCUCAAAAUCAGGAUUAUGCAAACAGAGAGACCUCUGGGUUCCCGGUUUUAUCAAAUCCGUAUGCAGGGGAAGUAUCGGGAAUCCUAACGCCGGAGACGAGCAUGUCAUCGCACUACACGACAACUCCUGAGGUAAUGACUCCCAACAUUCGCGAACAGCCGAGGGUCGGUGAACGCUUGACGAACACUAGAGAUCCUAUGGAAGCUAUUAAAGAAUCCCUUGGAAAGCCUGAGGGAACUUCCGACUUCGCUUCAGUGCUGUAUGCUUUUUUCUCGAAGGAAUCGUCGACGUUAAGUCGGGUUUCUGUAGAGACAAACCUCAUCCUCACGAUUAUUCUGGAAUGUAAGGAGGAAAUCAGUCAUCUGCGUCGUUCCCAAGAUAUCUCUUCGCCUUUCACAGAUGUACAAGAGUUCAAAUACGAAAAUCUUGCCGGAAAUCAUAUAUUGAGCUAUCAAAAACCAUUUAAGAAGGUGAAUUUAAAUGAAGCCCUCUGUCACUACACUGCUCCGAAACGAUUGGCGGGUUGCGCAGUCAAACAAGUUACGGAUUUUCUGCGAAACAUCUUCAAAGAGAUUUGUGAUCCGCCAUACGAAAUAUGGAAAUACACCUACCGUGCCACAAAUUCUCCCCGAGGAGAAAACAGUUUGAUGAAUUUGCCGGAAGGCAUCAGUGGCACCAUCACAGAAUUCAUAAUUGAUGCCGUAGGCCUAUCCCAUCCUUAUAUAAUCCAUGGAACACUCGCAAACCUGAGAAAUUCCGAGGACGGGUUCUGGUUGGCCCUUGGCGACACCGAAGAGAAUAGAGAAAAACGCUUCAAGCAACUCUUAAGGGCGAAGACGACCUGGUAUGACAACUGUAAAACUUGUAUGACGCGAUCCCUAGAGGACAUCCGUGCCUACCGCCUGCACCGCGGCCAUCUAUUCGCUCCCAAGAAAUGCAAAACACCCAAUGAUACGGGGCUUUCUCGUCAACAAAUGGCGGAAAUGUCACCAGAAGAGAGAGAACAAGCUUUGCAGAAUUCGUAA